AUGGGAAGAGGGACAGCAGAAACUAAAGCAGCAGAUGAGGCGGUGGCAUUGGCAAUAGACAAGGACAAAGGAAGCCAGCAUGCUAUCAAAUGGGCUGUUGAUCAUCUUCUCACCAAGGGCCAACAUCUCAGUCUCCUCCAUGUCAAACAUACCCUUCCCAAUCAUGUUUCAGUCUCCGAAGAGGGGGAGGAAGAGGAAAAUGUAUACAAAAAACCGGUUGAUGCUGAAACCAAAGAGCUGUUUCUUCCCUUCCGUUCCUUUUGCAAGAAAAAGUUGAUAAAGUGCCAUGAAGUCGUAGUUGAGGCUGUCGAUAUACCGAAAGCCCUCAUCAACUAUGUUAUCUCUAAUUCAAUUGAGAUUUUGGUACUUGGUGCACCAUCAAGACAUAGUUUUUUCAGAUCCUUCAAAGUUACAGAUGUUCCCAGUUGUGUGAUAAAAGGGGUACCGAAUUUUUGCACUCUGUAUGUCAUUGGCAAAGGCAAGAUCUCCUAUGUGCAAACAGCUACCAUUCCACCACCCAAAAAAGCUUGUAACCAAAUUCAUAAACAAUCCAGCAAAGUUUCCGAAUCAAAUGGUACGCAAUCCAUGUGUAAACAGCAACCAAGAGCAUCAGGAAAGAGGACACAUUCUGCACCCGAUAGCCUGAUGGUAGAUGACACUGAAAUCAAGUCACCCUUCACAAGAGGACGAGCUUCAAUGAACAACUCAUAUGACCUUUCACCAGAGAGAACUGAUAUAUCGUUUGUGAGCAGUGGAAGGCCAAGUAUUGAUCGCAUGUUCCCUUCGUUAACGACCCCUCGAAAGUCGAUCAGCCCAGAAUUUGACAACCGAAGCUCUGCGUCAUCUUACUCAAGACAUCAGUUUAUUGACAUGAGCUCUUCCCCACAAGACUUCUCAUCAUCCUCAAUGGAAAGUGGAAAAUCAUGGUCAUCAUCACACAACAUGGAUGAAGUGGAAGCCGAGAUGUGGAGGCUCAAGCUAGAGCUCAAGCAAACAAUGGACAUGUAUAAAAUGGCCUGCAAGGAGGCGGUCACAUUAAAUCAUGAGGAACUUGACCGAUGGAAAUCGGAGGAGGAGCAUAGAUUAAAUGAGGCACACAUAACAGAGGAAGCUGCAUUGGCACUAAUAAAGAAGGAGAGAGAGAAAUGUAAGGCAGCCAUGGAGGCGGCAGAAGCAGCUCAAAGGAUUGCUGAAUUGGAAGCACAUAAAAGGAGGAACGCGGAAAUGAAAGCCCUUAAAGAAGCAGAAGAGAGGAACCAGGCAACGGAAGCAAGGGCAUAUAAUCUAAGGUACAGGAAAUACACAAUUGAGGAGAUUGAAGCAGGAACAAAUAAAUUUUCACAAACUGACAAGAUUGGAGAAGGAGGCUAUGGGCAAGUAUACAGGGGUGAACUGGAUCACACACAAGUGGCAGUCAAAAUUUUACGUCCAGGUGCAGCGCAAGGACAUUCGCAGUUCCAACAAGAGGUUGAAGUAUUGAGCUGCAUACGACAUCCGAACAUGGUUCUCCUUCUUGGAGCCUGCCCAGAGUAUGGCUGUCUGGUCUAUGAGUACAUGGCUAAUGGGAGCUUAGAAGACCGUCUCUUCCAGCGAGAAAUUGCCACUGGGCUUUUGUUCCUUCACCAGUCCAAGCCAGAGCCACUUGUACACCGUGACCUAAAACCCGGCAACAUUUUGCUAGACCAUAACUAUGUUAGCAAGAUUGGUGAUGUAGGUCUGGCCAGGCUUGUUCCUCCAUCAGUAGCCAACUCUGUCACUCAGUAUCGAAUGACGUCAACAGCUGGAACAUUCUGUUAUAUUGACCCAGAGUAUCAGCAAACCGGCAUGCUUGGAACAAAAUCUGAUAUCUACUCGCUUGGGGUCAUGCUUCUACAAAUAAUAACUGCCAAACCGCCGAUGGGUUUGGCUCAUCAUGUUGAGCUGGCUAUUGAGCUAGGGACCUUUGCUGAGAUGCUUGACCCUGCUGUUCCUGACUGGCCAAUUGAGGAAGCCUUGAGCUUUGCCAAGUUAUCUUUACAGUGUACUGAAAUGAGGCGAAAAGACAGACCAGAUCUUGCCAAGGUUGUGCUACCUGAGCUUAACAGAUUGAGAGCACUCGCUGAAGAUAGCAUGCAUUACAACAUGCUUGGUGGUUGUGGUGGUGGAGUAUACUUACCAAGACAAGGCUCAAUUUCCAGAAAACAAGAUGUGCUGAGUGACAUGCAUCUACCAAGAUCUGGAUAUGAUUGUUCAAGGAGCCAUUCAAGCACAUUAUCUUAG